AUGGCGGCUUUUGUUCCUUUAAUAGCAUCCGCUGGUUCGUUUGUUGUUCGAGUAUUGGGUGAAUCCGAUAUCAACGAAAACACAACCCAGUUUUUGGCCAAGAAAAUCAAUAUCGAAGUGGCGACUCGAAUAAUAUCUGAAAAUAUUACAUACUACGUUUCAAUAGUUACUUUCAAAGCUGUAUGUGAUAUUAUUGUGGUAUCUGUAGUCGGUCGAAAACUUUAUCAUAUGUUUCAACAGUUAUGGAAAAUUCUAGAACCCUUGUUGAAAUUGGGUCUCAAGGGUUUCAUCGAUGGUAUUGCGAAAUGUGAAAAAUGUAUUCAAGCAUCUUUGAAGGAGUUACUUGAAAAAGGCGUUUCUUUUCAUACCAUUUAUGAUAAAGUUCGCCCUCACACAACAGUCAGUAAUGUAUUAAAAGCGCUUGAUGGCAUUUAUAAAUUUAUUUGUAGCGCGAAGGCUGGAUUUUGCUAUACAAUAAAAUUUGAAUUAACUAAAUAUUAUCUUGAGAUCGUCGGUUUCAUACGAGCUUUAUGCGAAAAACUUAAUAUAAAUUUUUUGAAAUACUUAGCACAAGCUGAUGUUGAAUCAAAUAACGGCGAAGAUCACGCAAUAGAAGAAAACGAUGGGCCACUUACAUAUCUUUUCGAAGUUUCACUUGAACAACUUCUCCAAGGAACUGAAGAAAACUUGCCAAUCACCCGUGAAGUCCAAAAAAUCAACCAGCCGAUCCGACAAGAACGUCAAAUUUAUACUAUUAAAAUUGAACCAGGUUGCAAAGAGGGUCAUGUUAUUCGUCUCCCACAAGUUGGUAAUCGAGAUCCAAUAAAUAUCCCGGCUGAUCUUUUGGUUACUAUCCGGUCCAAGCCUCACCCAUUAUUCAAGCGUGAAGGCGCCAAUUUAAUUUAUGUCAAAACGCUUAGUUACGCGGAUUCUCGAAGUGGUAAUCGAAUAGAAGUUCCGUUACUCAGUGGAGAAAAAAUACUCGUCGAUCCUAAAGGACCUAUCGAUAUUAACAAAGAGCUGGCUAUUCCUGGACACGGGCUACCCAAUCCGGAUCGGAAUGGUGAACGCGGUCAACUUCUUGUUCGUUUUGACAUUCAAGCGCCGACCAAUCAAGUGCUUUGCGACGAUAUCACCGUGUUAACGCCAACUGAAGGAAUUUCCAUUGACCAAAUUCACUAA